UGAUAUCAAAUAAUAAACUUUAAUUAAGUAAUAACUAAUCAGUAUAGACAUUAGACAAUUGAACUAUAGUGAAAACACUUAAACAUCGAAUAAUUACAACAACAACAUGUCUUUAUACAUCACAAUUUAAUAAAUUACGAGUUGGUUACUCCCCUCUUCGUCGUGAAAUAAGCUGAAACAAACUAAAAAUGGAGUCAGAUAAAUAUAUUACGAUUGUUCCUGUUGAGUAUCCUCGAAACAGGCAACAAUUUAUACGGCCUCCCGAUGAAUACAGUGAUUUUCCUCAAAACCGGAAUUGGCCUCAUACGAGAGCGGUAAGAACUGAAUCAAGUACUAUGCGAAGAAAAGAACUCAAACGAUCAUUGGAACACAAAAGAUCUCACAAUCAUUCUCUUAAUGAUCCUAUACAAUUGUGUUCUAAGCCAAUAAUAAGUGCUCCCCUUGCAUUUCAAACCGCCCCAAAGCCAAAAAAAAACCCGCUAAGUGUAUAUAUUUAUACAAUGGCUGACAUAGUCUUACAUAUGGAUAUAGAAGAUGCAAACACAACUACAAUAUCAGAUCUUGUUGAUAUUAUAAUACAGCAAAAAAAUUUAGGAUUAUCAAGAAUUGCUAAGAAUAUUUUUACAAUUUGGAUGAAAUCAAAUGUUUUAGAAAUUCAAUUAAAACCACAUCAUAAAUUAUUGACAGUUUUUCAAAAAUGGUCCUCACUUGAAGAAAAAUAUUGCAUUCAAACUAAAAAAAUUAUUUUUAAAGAACCCAUUUUAAGUUUUCAAAGAAAUGUGUUCUUUCCUAGAAAAGAUGAAGAAAAAAUUAAGGAUCAAAAAAUUAUUGAGUUGUUGUACGCCGAAGCUAAAUAUAAUGUAUUACAAGGUCGGUACCCUGUUGAAGUUAACCACUGUUUAAUGUUGGCUAGUUUGCAGUGCCGAAUAGAAUUAGGUCCAAAUAAUUUACAACAGUACACCUCAAGUUUUUUUAGAGAUAACCGGGAAAGAUUUUUACCUUCCCAUUUAUACAAAAGCUGGUCAUCAUGGUUAAAUCUUGAUAGAAAAAGUACACCUCAUUCUCGGCUUGCAGACCAUUUAAAACAUAUACAGAUAACUGGAUCUGAUCGUAGACUUUACCACAAGUAUUUAGAAUGCUGUUACAUGCUACCAUUUUAUGGGUGUGCUUUUUUCCAUGGUCAAAUUGAACAACCUGUUCGAGGUUUGAUGUCUUUAAUUAACCAUAAAGAUAUUCCUAUUUAUAUUGCAGUCAACACCGAAGGAGUUUAUAUUUUAGAUUGUGUGGAAAAUAGUUUGUUGUUGGGCCUUAAGUAUCAAGAUUUUUCUUGGGAAUUUGCUAAGCCAUCCCAAGAAGAUAAUGAUCAUUGUUUACCGUGUAUAUUUCUACAGUUUUUAGUAUUAGAAAAUGGAACAAGAGUUUCAAAAAUUUUACAAGUAUUUUCUAAACAAGCUGUUAUGAUAGAUGCUCUAAUUGCAUGCUUUGUCGAAGAUUUUAGACACAAAUUAGCUAUGAAUGAAUAUGACGAUGUAGACAGAACUGGCGGCUUUGAACAUAUUUCUGUUGGAGAUGGAUCUCAAAUACCUUUGGCACAUUUGUUUCGCAGUGAACCACAAUCUCGAUUAUGUAAUAAACUAAAUAAGUUGACACUUGCUACAUUCGACGAAGACGGUAUGUUAGUUUAUAAUAAUUGUCUAUGUUAUACAGAUUAUCUUUUUAUAGUUUGUUAGCAUGUACUCAUCAUUUAGAAAGUUGUUAAUACCAUAAUUUAUUUUUAUCAUUCACAUUUCACAAUCAUGCAUGAUUUGUAGGCUAUUUAUGAAUUUAAUCUACUGCAUUGGACUAAAGUAAGUUUUUAAUGAUUUUUAAUUAAGCUUUGUUACUAAUGUUGUUCCGUUCAAGAUUUAGAUUUAACUAAAUUAUUAACUGUAUUAUCAUACAUUAAAUAAAAUAAAAUAUGCAAAGCUAAUGCAAUCAUUUAUUACAUAUUUUAGUUUGGAUUUGGCUUACUAGUGGCGCAUUAAUGUAAGACAAGGUGAGAAAUAAGUAUCUACUCAUUUCCUGCCACCAUGCACCACUAGUGAGUCAGAUCAAAUUAAAAUAAUUACAUUGGCGUUGCCAUUGAUUAUUUAUUAUUAUAGUAUUUAUAAUCAAUUAUGUUACCUAGCUUUAGUGGUUAUCCAUUAUUCAAUCUAUGGUAUUACUUAUAAAUAAUUAUCAACUGUUAUACAAUAAAAUAGUGUAUUCAUACAUUUUUAAGCGAGUCCAACCAUAUCUUAAUUAAUCUCAUUAACUAGUUAAAAUAACUUUUAGCAUUAAUUCUGUAACUUUAUUGCCUAAGAAAUAAGUUGACUAAUCCAAAAUUUAUAA